AUGAUGCUCCAGAGCUCCCGCGCGCUCAGCGUGAGCGUCCAGGCCAAGUCCACCAAGAAGGGUGCGACCGCCAAGUCGACCAAGAAGGGCACCACCAAGAAGGCCGCCCCCGCCAAGACCCUGUCCUGGUACGGCCCCGACAGGCCCACCUUCCUGGGCCCGUACAACGGCUCCACCCCGGCCUACCUCACCGGCGAGUUCCCCGGCGACUACGGCUGGGACACCGCCGGCCUCUCGGCUGACCCCGAGACCUUCCGGCGCUACCGCGAGCUGGAGCUGAUCCACGCCCGCUGGGCCAUGCUCGGCGCCCUGGGCAGCGUCGUCCCCGAGCUGCUGGCCAAGUCCAACCCCAGCAUCCCCGCCGGCGGCGUGUGGUACAAGGCUGGCGGCGCCAUCUUCGCCGAUGGCGGCCUCGACUACCUGGGCAACCCCAGCCUGAUCCACGCCCAGUCCAUCCUGGCCACCCUGGCCGUCCAGGUCAUCCUCAUGGGCCUCAUCGAGGGCUACCGCGUGAACGGUGGCCCGGCCGGUGAGGGCCUGGACCCCCUGUACCCCGGCGAGAGCUUCGACCCCCUGGGCCUGGCUGACGACCCCGACACCUUUGCUGAGCUCAAGGUGAAGGAGAUCAAGAACGGCCGCCUGGCCAUGUUCUCCAUGUUCGGCUUCUUCGUGCAGGCCAUCGUGACCGGCGCCGGCCCCAUCGCCAACCUGGACAGCCACCUGGCCUCGCCCGCCACUAACAACGCCUGGGCGUUCGCCACCAAGUUUACCCCCUAG